GCAGUCUCAAACGGGCCAGACACACGGGACCAGCACCGGUGCCGCCAAAUCUGCCACCAAAAGGCCGGCUCGAAGGGGUGGCAAAGCGGUACCCGACAGACCACUCAGGGCUCUCUUUUGUUUACCCCUGAAAAAUCCCGUGCGCAAAAUGUGCAUCGACGUUAUCGAAUGGAAACCUUUCGAGUGGCUUAUUCUCAUGACGAUAUUCGCGAAUUGCAUCGCCCUGGCAGUCUACACACCGUACCCAUUUGGCGAUUCUAAUUUGACCAACCAGUAUUUGGAAAAAAUAGAGUAUAUAUUUCUUGUGAUUUUUACGCUCGAGUGCGUCAUGAAGAUCAUCGCUUACGGCUUCGUGGCUCAUCCCGGCGCUUAUCUUCGAAACGGCUGGAACAUAUUAGACUUCUCGAUAGUAGUGAUAGGAAUGGUGAGCACGGUAUUGUCGAUACUUAUGAAAGAAGGCUUCGAUGUGAAAGCGUUGAGGGCUUUUCGGGUGCUACGACCUCUCAGGCUGGUUUCCGGCGUACCAAGUCUGCAAGUAGUCCUAAACUCUAUUUUGAGAGCGAUGAUACCCCUUCUCCAUAUCGCUCUGCUGGUUCUAUUCGUCAUCAUUAUUUACGCUAUCAUCGGCCUCGAGCUGUUCUCCGGCAAAAUGCAUAAAACCUGCAGGCACAAUGUCACCGACGCGAUCAUGGACAACCCAAUUCCGUGUGGGUCCGGCGGUUUCCAGUGCUAUAACGUGGGACCCGAGUACUACUGUAGCAGGCGAUUCUGGGAAGGUCCGAAUUGGGGUAUUACGAAUUUCGACAACUUCGGCUUGGCCAUGUUGACGGUCUUCCAAUGCGUUACGCUCGAGGGCUGGACCGACGUGCUCUACAACAUCGAAGACGCGAUGGGAAGCUCGUGGCAAUGGAUCUAUUUCAUCUCCAUGGUCAUACUGGGAGCUUUCUUCGUGAUGAAUCUAAUUCUCGGUGUACUGUCCGGCGAAUUCUCCAAGGAGAGAGAGAAAGCAAAAGCGAGAGGCGACUUCCACAAACUCAGAGAGAAGCAGCAGAUCGAGGACGACCUGAGGGGCUAUCUGGACUGGAUCACCCAGGCCGAGGAUAUCGAGCCGGAAACCGACGAGCCGAAGAUGCAGGACGGCAAAACGAAACAACAGAACGAGAUGGAAAGCACGGAUCAGUUAGAGGGCGACGAGGAAGGGGUUCAACAGGAAUCGUUGUGGAGAAGGAAAAAGCUGGAUUUCGACAGGGUAAACAGAAGAAUGAGGAGGGCGUGCAGAAAAGCAGUCAAGUCGCAGGUUUUCUACUGGUUGAUCAUAGUAUUGGUUUUCUUGAAUACCGGCGUUCUGGCCACCGAACACUACAAUCAACCUCAUUGGUUGGAUGACUUUCAAGAGAUCACAAACAUGUUUUUCAUCGCGUUGUUUUCCAUGGAGAUGAUGCUGAAGAUGUAUAGCUUAGGAUUUCAAGGUUACUUCGUCUCGCUCUUCAAUCGGUUCGAUUGUUUCGUCGUGAUCGGCUCCAUCACCGAGAUGAUCCUCACGAAUACUCACGUGAUGCCACCGCUCGGCGUUUCCGUUCUCCGUUGCGUCCGGUUGCUCAGGGUAUUUAAAGUGACAAAAUAUUGGAGGUCGUUGUCGAAUUUGGUGGCUUCCCUUUUAAACUCCAUACAAUCGAUCGCGUCUUUGUUGCUUCUGCUCUUCCUUUUUAUCGUGAUCUUCGCCCUGCUGGGCAUGCAGGUGUUUGGUGGAAAAUUCAAUUUUAGCGAUUUACAGAACAAGCCCCGUCACAAUUUCGACAGCUUUUGGCAAAGUUUGUUAACCGUCUUUCAGAUAUUAACCGGCGAAGAUUGGAACGCCGUUAUGUACGAUGGAAUUAGAGCCUAUGGCGGUGUUUCAAGCUUUGGCAUGCUCGCCUGUUUCUAUUUCAUCAUUCUCUUUAUAUGCGGUAACUAUAUCCUACUGAACGUCUUCUUGGCCAUCGCUGUCGACAACCUCGCCGAUGCCGAAUCGUUAACUGCCAUCGAGAAAGAAGCCGAAGAGGGGGGGGAGAAGAACAAACAGCACAGUGCCUCGGCGAGUAGAGACGAAGUGAGCGGGGAACAGGGUGAUGACGGUGGCGAAGGAACCGGUGCAGAGGACGAAGGCGGUGGAACCGACCUCGAGCACGAUCCUAACGAAACGAUGGAGGAUUACGAGGCAGCCGUGGACACGGAAACGUCGGAAAAAAGCGACGAUACGAACAAUCACGCCAAGGUGCGACUGAACAUAGAAUCCGACGAGGAAGUGGAGGAAGAGGAGGAAGUCGAACACAACGAGAUGCACGAUGACGGUGCGGAUCACGAGGUAUCGGCUAGACCACGAAGAAUGUCCGAAUUCAACAUGGCUACGAAGACAGAACCGAUUCCAGCCGGUUCGUCUUUCUUCCUCUUCUCGCAAACGAACAGAUUUCGAGUGUUUUGCCACUGGCUGUCUAACCACAGCUACUUCAGCAACAUGAUCCUCGUAUGUAUCAUGAUAUCUUCGGCCAUGUUAGCGGCCGAAGAUCCUUUACGCGCGUCCUCUUAUAGAAAUCAGAUUUUACUGAAUUUUGACUAUUUUUUCACCACGGUAUUUACGAUCGAGAUCUGUUUAAAGAUGAUCUCGUUCGGUUUUAUUAUACACGACGGUGCAUUCUGCCGGUCGGCGUUCAAUUUGCUCGACCUUUUGGUCGUGUGCUCUUCUCUCAUCUCUAUGUCUUUCAGUUCCGGCGCGUUUUCAGUGGUGAAAGUACUGCGUGUAUUACGCGUGUUGAGACCUCUACGCGCCAUCAAUCGUGCCAAGGGAUUAAAGCACGUAGUACAGUGCGUCAUCGUAGCGGUAAAGACUAUCGGAAACAUAGUCCUCGUCACCAGCCUCCUGCAGUUCGUGUUCGCCGUCAUUGGCGUACAACUGUUCAAGUACGUAGUGAAGUGUGUGAUUGUCGCCAUUAAAACGAUCGGCAACAUUAUGUUGGUCACCUAUCUCCUACAGUUCAUGUUCGCUGUUAUCGGGGUACAGCUGUUUAAGGGCAAAUUUUUCUAUUGUUCCGAUGCAUCGAAAAUGACGAAGGACGAAUGCCAGGGUACGUACCUGGAGUACGACAACGGCGAUAUCAAUAAGCCGGUGAUGAAGGAGAGAAGUUGGAUUCAGCAACGUUUCCAUUUCGACGACGUUGCGAAAGCGAUGCUUACGCUUUUCACCGUGUCCACGUUCGAAGGCUGGCCGUCAUUACUAGACGUGUCGAUCGACUCUAACAAGGAGGAUCAUGGACCAAUUCAUAAUUUUCGGCCGAUAGUGGCCGCGUACUACAUCAUUUACAUCAUUAUCAUAGCAUUCUUCAUGGUGAACAUCUUCGUUGGUUUCGUUAUUGUCACUUUCCAGAACGAGGGUGAGCAAGAGUACAAAAACUGCGAGCUCGAUAAGAAUCAGCGGAAUUGCAUCGAGUUCGCGUUAAAGGCGAAACCAGUGCGACGAUACAUACCGAAGCAUCGAAUACAGUACAAAGUGUGGUGGUUCGUCACAUCUCAGCCGUUCGAGUACACCAUUUUCACUCUGAUCAUGAUUAACACGGUGACCUUAGCGAUGAAGUUUUAUCGACAACCGGAAAUCUACACGGAAGCGUUAGACGUUCUUAACAUGAUCUUCACCGCGGUCUUUGCCCUGGAGUUUAUCUUUAAGUUGGCGGCCUUUCGAUUUAAGAACUACUUUGGCGACGCUUGGAACGUUUUCGACUUCAUUAUCGUGCUUGGAAGUUUCAUCGACAUCGUUUACUCCGAGGUCAAUCCUGGCUCCACCAUCAUUUCCAUCAACUUCUUCCGGCUGUUUCGAGUGAUGCGGCUGGUGAAAUUGCUGAGCAGAGGCGAAGGCAUCAGAACGCUUCUCUGGACGUUCAUCAAAUCUUUCCAAGCUCUGCCAUACGUAGCUCUGCUAAUUAUAAUGCUAUUUUUCAUUUACGCCGUGAUAGGUAUGCAGGUAUUUGGAAAAAUCGCGAUCGACGACGAUACGUCGAUAGACCGGAACAACAAUUUCCAGUCGUUCCCACAAGCGGUGCUGGUCUUGUUUCGAUCGGCUACGGGCGAAGCUUGGCAAGACAUCAUGUUGGACUGUUCGGCGCAGCCCGGUAAAGUGAAAUGCGACCCGUUAAGCGACGAGGUGAAUAAUCACAAUGGUUGUGGAUCCGACAUUGCAUUUCCCUACUUUAUAUCUUUCUACGUUUUAUGCUCGUUCCUCAUCAUCAAUCUAUUCGUCGCUGUAAUUAUGGACAAUUUCGAUUACCUGACGAGGGAUUGGUCGAUCCUGGGUCCUCACCAUUUGGACGAGUUUAUUCGUUUGUGGUCCGAGUACGAUCCCGACGCGAAAGGUCGUAUCAAGCACCUGGACGUGGUCACUCUCCUCAGAAAGAUAUCUCCGCCCUUGGGUUUCGGUAAACUCUGCCCUCAUCGCGUCGCCUGUAAAAGGCUGGUUUCGAUGAAUAUGCCGUUGAACAGCGACGGUACGGUGCUGUUUAACGCGACUCUGUUCGCCGUGGUGAGGACGUCGUUGCGAAUUAAAACCGAGGGAAACAUCGACGACGCUAACGCGGAAUUGAGAGCCGUGAUCAAGAAAAUUUGGAAGAGGACCAGCCCGAAGCUUCUGGAUCAGGUGGUGCCGCCACCCGGAGGCGACGACGAAGUGACCGUGGGCAAAUUCUACGCCACCUUCCUGAUCCAGGAUUACUUCAGAAGAUUCAAGAAGCGCAAGGAGCAAGAAUUGAAGGACGGUAAUAAGGAGAGCCACAACACCGUCACGCUUCAGGCUGGUCUGAGAACGUUGCACGAAGCCGGGCCCGAACUGAAGAGAGCCAUUUCCGGAAACUUGGAAGAACUGCUCGACGACAAUCCGGAACCUAUGCACAGGAGGAACCACUCGUUGUUCGGCAGCGUUUGGUCGAGUAUGAGGAAGGGACAUCACAAUUUUAACCGAGCCAGGUCGCUCAAAGUGAACUCCACGACUAAGGCUUCCCCGACAAACUCCAUAGACUUCCUGCCGUACUCGUCGCUUCAGAGAGGAAGCGGACACGACCCGCCGAAUCAGAUUACCGCGAGAUCUCAUCAAGUUGUGCCAAACGUAGCAGGCGGUUUGAGCGACAGUGCGAUGAACCAAAUGGGAAUGGAUCCUAAGCUCACGGGUAUCGAGGAGAACAUACCACUGAGACCAUUGGCCGUGUUCGGAAAUCCCGUCCAGCAGCAAUCCUAUCAUCACACACCUUACAAAGUAUUCGACGGUCCAGGUAGCGGUAAUUAUCUUCAUCCGAAUAGCGAAUAUGGUAAGGACGGAAUCGAGCGGCAGCUGACGCCACCGACGCCACCACCCCGAAGGAACCCACCCCCGUCCAUUGAUCCGAGCACCGGCACCCUGCACUCCGUGCAAAUCUCAUCCGGCAAGUCCGCCAGUGCAACGACGUCGAUCGCCACGUACACGAACACGUCCACCGCUACGACCAGCCCGAGCCUCGGUUCAUCCUCCAACGGGACACGGUCUUACGCGACUAGAGGCUGCUGCGUCGAUUGUGCCGUCUGGAGUAAUCACGAGCGCCUGUCCCACAGUUUACCCGGCAGUCCUGCCGAUCGGAAGCCGAACUUCGAGGUCAUCGGAAGCGCGGAAAGCUUGGUUGGCCGGGUUCUCGUGGAGCAAGGGCUAGGCAAGUACUGCGACCCGGACUUUGUCAGAUACACGUCGCGAGAGAUGCAGGAAGCGCUGGACAUGACGCGCGAGGAGAUGGACCGGGCGGCGCAUCAGCUUCUUCUGCAAGAGCGUCGUGGACAACCGCUGUCGUAUCAGCUACAACAGGGCGCAGACCAGCAAUGGACGCCGGCCUAUCAGCCGAUCCAGCAGAGCCAACAGGCGACAGGCAUCGGGUACCAGCCGCUGCAGGAGCAACAACCGUCCGGCCCGCGACAGUAUCGAUCGUACUAUCAAGGCAGAGGGCCAACGGGCACCACUUCCGACCAGUCGACGCAACAGCAACAACCGCCGCCGUCUUAGCGACGCGACGACCAUCCCGUAGAUCGUGUUCCCAACUCGUUCAUCUAGUCGAACGAGAACCACUCUCGUCCCAGGUAUCGUCUAUCGUUUCGCCGAAAAUACGAGGCAGUUCGAUGCCUCUGUAGGUGGUGGAAUUGGAAGUGGAUCGAGAAGCGGAACGAGGAGCGAAACGAGGAGCGAAACGAAACGGUGAAGCACGUUUCGUCGAUCGAUACGUUCGUCGCAGNNGACGAACCUCCUCGAUUCGUUUGGCAGCUUUUGCCGCGGAAACGAGGGUUCCAUGUUUCUGCCGUUGUAGGAUUUGCGGCGUGAAGCGGGUCAAGAGACGUGGCGGGUGACUGUGGUAAAAAAGUGUGGCAAGAAGGCUUCCGACGCGGUCGAAAGAGGAUCGGCCGACGCAAGCAAUAAAGCAACGAGAGCAACGACCGAUCGCGCGUCGAUAGGAAAAGCAUCGGGGCUGGAACGCUGACUGCGAAAAGCGGCGAAAACGCUCGAAGGGUGGAGGCAACGAACGCUUCCAUCGGGAUAGCCAGGCUUCCGACACGAUCGCGAAUCGAACAAUUGGGAACGUUAGCGAAGACGAUGUUGCCGAAUGAAUAGCGCGCGAUCCUCUCGGUUCGAGCGAGCGUGUCGCGUUUCGAGCUUCGUUGGUAAAACGAGACGGCGCGGAAACAGAUGAGAAAAGAACUGGCGCGAAGCGAGACGCGAACGAUUAAAAUCCUUAUUGCUCUCGUUCUUAUCGUAAAACACUUAUUCCUUCGAUUACCGUUGUUUAGGAUAUAAUUGAACUCAUUAUUGCUCUUCGUACGAUGGAUUACUAGAUGAGAUAACAAGUGCCUAAGUAUCUGUAACUUCUUUCGGACCAGAGAAGACUUUUAUCAACUUAGACAAAGUACUAUUACCGCGAAUUACGAAAACAUGUUGCGAGUGUGUAUGCUACGGUAUUGUAACGAUAUAUGUAUAUACGCAUACAUAUAUAUCGUUAUAUAUAUUUUACACACGCACACACACAUUCACGCACACGCCACAUCACACGCAUACACACGCACAAGCAUACACGUUAAAACAUUACACACGUACACACACAUAAAGUCAUUGUUAUUAUUAUUGCUAUUAUUAUUAUUACUAUUAUUACUAUUAUUAUUAUUAUUAUUACUAUUAUUAUUAUUAUUAUUAUUAUUAUUAUUACUAUUAUUAUUAUUAUUAUUAUUAUUAUUAUUAUUAUUAUCAUCAUUACUAUUAUUACUACCAUUAUUAUUCGUACGUACUUGUACAUAUACGUUGCGGGUAUAAUAAUUGAUGCGCGAGGAUGAAUGGCCGAUAAACGCGACUGCCGCGAUAUUCGUUUGUACGUCGGAGGGUGAACCGGUGUACGCGCACGAUCCGUAAAGAACAACUUUAAAUUGCUUUAAAUACGGCGCGAUCACCAGGCAACAGCCGAACGAUCGCCGGACGAUCGAACGAUGCUUCUAUAUUUACACUUACGCACCGAUGCCGAUAUUUCUACUUACGGUAGCACGCGACUCGAACGCAGCAGCUAGACUCGAGUUUCGUUUUCGCAGCUCGCUGUCACGUCUCGCGUCCGCGUAAUCUUCUCAUCCCCCUGCUCCCGAUCGUUCAGAUCUCCAAAUGUCCAUAACACACGCGUAUCGUCUACAAUUAUUGCAUAUAAUUCCAGCCUGUGCUCUUCUCCUCUAAAACCUAACCCCAAUUUUUACGAAUUACGUCCCAACGAAAUUUCCAGCCGCGCGCGUAUAUCGUCGGAGACGCACGCACGUAUCUACACACUGACGCGUGUGCGCGUGCUAGGGAGGGCCUGCCCGAACGGACAAACCGAAACGCGUGUAAUCGAAUCGCCAAGUUACGAACCUCGUGGCAAAACCUUUCUUCCACAGAACCGGUUCAUUUUCAUCCGGCGAUAAAUCAACACGCGAGUCGUUUUUUUACGAUACCAAUCCUAUAACGUUAGGAGUAACGCGUGCAACCAUUGGAACGCAUUAUUUAAAAAAUUUAAAUCAUUAAUAAGGAUCGUUUCUGUCGCACGAGCUUCUCGAUUAUUUAACGUUUUUUGUUUCCACUAAUUAUACAGCUGCCUCUGCAGAUCUGUCGCAGUAUGCAUAGUUGGCUAUAGUUUACGUAUUAAUUAGGUAUAUGGCAUGGUCGAGUAACGAAUCGGUGAAGAGUGGCAGUCGUUCCCUUACACGCACGAAGUCGUGCAACGACGUGUCGCGUGAUCGUCGAUCUUUCGUUCGAUAGUUGGCCAAGCGAUUAUCGGCAAAUUUCGUGUGCUCGAGUUCCUCGCGAAAACGCGACAUCCGAAGCCAGGGGCAGGCGCUUGGACGACGAGCGUGAAGAGUAUCGGAUUCGAUCGGAGGAAAGAUUGGGUACCGAGUAAAGAGAUUGGGUCUGCAUCCCACGUGUAAUUAUUAUAUCCGUGUUUUGAUCCGAGUAACUCUCGACGUACAGUCGUAUUUUAUUUCAUUCGAGCAUCGAUGCGUAUGAAAAUACGUUUGAUCACAUUUGUGCGAUUAAUUCGUGAAACGAGCAUGCGGUUUUCUAGAUUGCUGGUUACAAUAACGAGCAUUUUCGGUUCGCAAAGUAUAAUCGAGUAAUCGUAUUUUGAUACAAGAAACUCUAAACCGCUGUCAUCGAUGUACUUGAAUAUUCGGCUAUUUUGUGCUUCGUUAAUAAUCGCGCGAAAUAAAAUAUUUCGAUACGUGUGCGCCCAUGUAUUAAAAGCUACACGGAUUAAAGCACGUGUAUGUUAGUUACACGUUGAAAACCGCGACCUCUAGAACCAAGUAAACGAAACAAAAAAGGAAAGGAAAGAAAGUGGAAGACAUCCAAUAGACACGUGGUUCUGCGGAUAUUCCACCGACUAAUUACGCCAUUUUGCGCAUCGAAAAUCCUAUACGCGCCGAGCAAUUUCCGAUCAAUAUUUCGGAUCGAUUGUGCGUGUAGCUUGUUUACGAAAACGCCAUAACGUAGCGAAAGUGUUCCGCGCCGACCGUCGCCCGGGUACGUCCGAUUCGGGAGUCGACGCGAGAACUUGAUUCGAAAACGAUCGUGAUACAACUUGGAAUACUUCAUCGUGAACGCUUGGUACGUAGAUCGUGCGAAGCGAUGUCACGGAUUUUUGAUCGAAGACAAAAAAGUACGAUCUGAAUCCACCGUUCUUCGUUUGAAUGCAUCCUCGAGAAGGUUAAAGUAGAAAAGCGUGGCGGAUGUGGUUGUCGAGAACGUAUCGGAAUCAUCGAGGAAGCCCGAAACGAUCAACGUCGUUCAAUCUCUCGUGUACCUUGAAAUGACUUCGACAAUAAUCUUCAUCGAUGAUAUUUCUCAGAACCACGUUCUCUGGAACUCCUCUCGACGCCAUUUCGAUUCUAAGCGUCCUACCUUCGACUCGUCGCAAACGCGUUACCCACUUUAUCGCGCUUUACGUUUCUCCGUGUUGCGUUUCUUUUCCGCUCGUCCGAUUCGAAAAACGGAGACCAUCUCGUUUCUUCUUAUAUCUUUCGUUCGUUUACGUUCGUUUAUUAGAUGUCGAUAUUUACGGCCGAUCUUUUUACGUAUAUGUAUAGUAAAUGGUAUUGUAUAUUCAUGUACGCAUUCGAGUAAGACAUAAGAAUACGUUCGAAGAGCCGCGGCCGACGCGAGCCCUUCGUCGACAAGGGAACCAAAGAAAACUAAAACGAUAUUUAAAAUGAAACAAGCAAACAAACAAACAAACAAACCGAAGGACACGUCUUUGGACAUUUUCUUAGGAGUACGAUAAUAUAGGUACGUGGUGUGUGUGAGGAGCCGAGACAAGUCGGUGUAAUAACGCGCGCGGCUUCGUCGAAUCGGUAAUUUCGAGCGAGGGAAUAAAAGAGAGCAAUUUCCGUGUGUAUCCGAUCGAGAAAAAUCGAACAGACGGUAAAAACGGAUAUCGAAGAUCUCGAAUAUUCGUACGAAGCGACAUCUGCCACGAUGAGUCGCGCACGAUAUUACUAAUCGUCCUAAGGAUGCUACUCGCGUUAUAUAUAGUCGACCUUUCGUAUUCGUUUUUUCCAGCGUCUUUUUAACAAUUAUGUAUUUGUCUAUAGCGAUCUUUUUAUACUGUUGUAAAGUGGCGUUUACACCGAUCCGUAGAAUAUACGCGUAGAAGAAAAAAAAUUCUUACCUUUAAAUCGUAAUGUCGGAUUAAUAGCGGCGCGCGAUAACCCGUUGUCGCUUAAGUGUUUGAUAGACGCGUUUAGGAAGACCAACGUUUUCUAUGUUACGAGACUGACGAUCAUUGAAGCGUAUGACGUAUGUAUAUACUAUACACUAUAUACUGAACGAGAGGCAAGCGACACGAAACUCGCGGGAAACCAGUCCUUUUAAUGCCUUCCUCUUCGGUCUCGCUAGCCUUUGCGGCCCAGUGAACCCAACUUACUCGUUCAUCGUGCCACUACUAAACACUUUACAUGCACCAUACACAACCGGUAUUGACCAUCUUUUAUGAUCGAAACGGUCAGCGAUCGGAUAAAACGUUCGACGCGCAAGAUUCGCGUUUCUAACGACGCAAGUACGAUCACUCGUUAUCCUACACCUAAGUAAAUACUUACUUACGAUCGCUUCGUUGUCGAAAAAUCCAAUUCGUGUAACGAACCGUGUAACAAACCGUGUAUCGAACGGUUGUAAUUAGAGUCGUAUUUUACUGUCCUAGCUCGUUAAUACACCCAGAAACCCAAGAUAAAAUAAACAAUCGAUCGAGCUUUCCAAAAAAUUGAAUCUUGCACUUCGACGCGUUCUUACCCGUGCUACCGAUCUCGUGGCACAGCUUUGGCACUCACACACGCUACUUGCACCGUUUAUUUUUACUAAACGUUCUUAUAUCGGCACGGUAACGAACGAUGCUCGCGUAAACUUAUCAUCGGUUUUUAGGAAACACACUCGACGCACGUUGACAAAGACGCUUCUCGAUCAUCGAUUUUCGAUAAUGAAGGAUGACGUGAUUUCUCCCUCGUUUUGUUUGUCUACAUCCGUUAUGUAAUAACAUUCUCUAAAUGUCAACUUGCGAAUUUCUCUGUUUUAAUUUUCAAAAUUUAACGCUUCAAAACUCAGAUUUAUAAUUUUAUUCAAAUUUAUAUCGGUUAAGUGGAAUCUUUCAAUGCUAGUUAUAUCGAAAACGUGACUAGAUGUUUCGAUUGCGCCAAACGUCAUUCGAUUCUCAGAUCGAUUCCCUAUUACUACUUAGUUUCACUUUCUUUUCUUAUUUAACGACUAUUAUUAUUAGAAAUAACGGUCUUGAGAAGCAAACAUUCGGAAUUCUGUAAAUCAGGUGGCGAUCUACGAACUAUCAGUAACCGGUUAUACGAAUAAUACAGUUACAUUACGAUACACAAUUAAUACGUACAAUACAAUUAAAUGUGUUUUAACUACUAAUGCAAUGAUAGAGUUCACAAUACUAAAAAUAAAGUAAAAUUUAAUGAAAUACAUCAUGCAAAUUUAUGUGGCUACUUCUAUCUAGCUAAAUUUAACCAUCUUCGAUUCGAUCAUUUCUCUUUGUCGCUUAGUGCAUAAGUGUAUCUUCUGUAACGGUAUUAUUUGUAUGUUUCGAUGUUAGAACCGAUAGGGUCGUAACUUUUACAUUUUCCGAAGCUCUGUUCGCAAACGUUCAAGUCGAGGAAACAUGCUCCUAUGCCAGAUCUGGCGACCUAUGUAUCUCGUUGAAAAAAAAGAAACGGGUAGGAACUAAUACUUGCGCAUUUGUGACUCUCGUUAGUCCAGUAGGAAUUUUACAGAGUUAAGACCCACAACCUUAAGAUGCACAACCAACAGACACGCACACGAUAAUACUGCCGUUUUUUUUCCAUUUUGGCUCCUCUUCCGCUUCCUACUCGUGUCAAGAAACGUUCCUUUUUUACAUCUAUUUCCGUAAACAGUCCUCGAUGAUUUGUAGCGCACGAUGAACAAAGACAUCGUU